CAACCAGAUUAAACAGGAAGUGGGUUUCUAAAAGCCAGCAAGCCAUUUUUCGCUUUUAUUUGAUCGAAAUAUAACUAGCAUAGUUUGCAAAAACUAUCUUAUAUUCAUACUGUGUGAAAUACGGUUGUCUUUGAACCUUGUUUUCGCCAAAUUAGCAUUAGCUGGUUAGUCACCCAUCAGCUAACGUUCGUUUACUAACAACAGUGUUUUAUCCAUUAGCUACAGGGUAUCUUUAGCUCGCUUCAGCUAGUUAGGUAAGUGGCUACAUUUCAAAUUUCCGGGGCAACAAUGGAAGGUUUAGAAACGACAUACGAGGAUUGUAAUUCCGAGGACUACAUUGAUUGUGAUGUCUGUAAAAGAUCCAUAAGGGGUGAGACCCUGUAUAAAAUCCACCGGACUACAGUACUACACCUGAAGAAAGAGGACCACCUGGUUUCUACUGGACGGGUUACCAGGGAUCAUGAGUUACCAGAUUUCACGGAUAUCAAACACUACCUCAAAUACCUGAAACUUGAUGAGCCAAUCAUCGGUUUGAGUCUUCUGGCGGAGGUGGAGCCAGUCUCCCAUGACCGUCAGCCUGGCCCCAGAUACAUCUGCAGAUUAUGCGAUCUGGAGGCAUCCUUACCCAACAUGGUCAAUCAUUUAAUUGGUCGCAGACAUCGACAGAAUUACCUGGAUACGAAAAGGAAAGACUUGGUGACAUGGGACAGUACCAAUGCCCUGGCUCAAUCAGGGAAGGCUUUACGAGCCAAGGCGGAGAUUGUGGAAAGAGAGAAUGGGCAAGGAAGUCCAAAGCCUUUGAAGAAAAAACAAAAUGUGGGCAAAUUGAACAUUUCCAGAGUUCCCCCGAAAGAAAGAGGGGCCAAGAAUCAGCCAAAACCAACACUUUCUCAUCCAUCAGACAUGAGGCGGGAAGGACACCUGCAUCCAGGGAGGAUGGAUUUCCCGGACGAGGAGUACCACCACAGAGGAGGCCGUCCUGAAGAUGAUCUAUAUAGACCUCCCUUCCAUGAAGACGAUCCUUACUUAUUGUCCGGGGCGGUUCGAGAGGUCUACCUGAGGGGAGGAGACCCCAGUCUGCGUGGUUAUGAGGAAGACGAGUUUCGUAGAGCAGGCUAUUAUGAAGAUGACCUUCGUAGACGGGAGUUUAUGGAGGAUGAUCUUCGUAGAAGGGAUCACUACCUUGAAGAACAAAUCCAUGGUCAGGAUUAUUUGGAGGACAUGCGUAGACGAGAGUUCUUUGAGGAGGGCGUUACAAGGCCAGGCCACCAAGAGGAAAUCCCUCAUCGCCACGCAUACCCUGAAGAACCUCCACGUUGGAGUGUCUACCCGGAGAAUGAUCCCCUCAAACAGUUCUAUUCUGAUGAGGUUCUCCGUAGAACAUUUCAUGCUGCUGAAGCUUCUAAGGAGUGGGCCUUUCGAGAAGAUGAAACACCACAUGGGAGGAGCUAUCCUCAUGUCCCGGCCUAUCCGCAGGAAUUUCCUCCUGAACGUGCCUAUCCUGACAAAGCUCCUCUCUGCUUUGAACACGACCAUGGAAGGGCAGCCCACGGACCAUCUGUACAUGAAGACCCUUACUCCGAGGAUCCCCGUAGAAGUGGAUACCUUGAGGAGGCGCAACGCAGGGCGUACCCUGAGGAACAACAUGGGCCAGCCUAUCCAGAAGGCAACCCUCAUAGGCUAUCUCUCGACAGGGAUCCAAACGGCGGUGACUACCCUAAGGGGCCAGAUGGGCAAGGAGCUGCUGACGAAGACUUGAGGUCCCUAGAUGACGGGACUCAACCAAUGGACUUAGAGAGUGAAGGCAGCGAGGAGAAUUUGUUUGAACUUGUCGAGACCAUUCAUCAGGAGGGGAGGGGUCCGCAGCAUCCAGAGACAAAGCGAGGGAGAAUUUGUUUGAACUUGUCGAGACCACCAGGCAUGAGGGGGACUCCUCAGAGGCCAGCAGAGGGAGGCAGAGUGAGAACAGAGAUCCCCGAACCUUUCCGGCGCUUCCUGGAAGGAGCCACAGAUGACCACAAGAGCCCCGGGAAACGGAAGAGAAAGAGCAGGUUCUCCGAUGCCACAGAACAGGAGCCGGAUGUGUUGAAGUUCAUGCAAGCUGAUGACAAUAGAAGGUCAGAACCUUUUGCCAAGCCACAGGGUGCUUAUCAAGGAGUAGCAGGCUCCAGACCGAUGGCAGAGGCAACUCCAGAAACUGGGAAUGUUUUGGAUGUACUGAAUAACAUACAGGUUGAGAAUGUGGAAGAGGCCAACUUCCUGAAGGACAAGCUGUGUAACCUUCUGAAAGAGUUCCAAGACAAAAAAUCUGAGAAGACGGCGGUAAUGCCUGCGUACAAAAGCCUACAUCCAACAGUAAUUUCCAAAGAAUAUAAUCACAUGAGUGAGGAUCACCUGGAAAAUCCCAGAGACGACUAUGAAAGAAACUACAGAGAAGUGCAAGAGGAGAGAUAUUACGAAGGCCAUCCUCCCAGACACUCAAAGGAACGCUCACAGGAGCACUACACUCCAGAGACCCUACAGGACCCUUACAGAGACACGGACAUGAGAAUGGAGAGGAGAGCUCAAUAUGAAGAGGUCUUUGGGCAUGUUGAGAUGUACUCACAAUCUCAUGCUCGUCCAGAGGGGCCGAUGGCAUACCCCCACGAGGGGUAUCAUGGGCCGAUGUACCCUCAUGAUUACCCACCUCCAGGAGAUCUUUACAAUCCAUUCAAUCCUGCACCCCCAAUACACUGGGAGCGGGGGUACAGGAUGGGUGUCCCUCAGUCCACCAGCCUAGACAAAAUCACCUCCACUCUCCUGGAGCUUGUGGCAAGGAAAAAGUGAUUUUACAGUAGAACCACCAUUUGCAAAAAUAUUUGUAUUGAUCUGAGCUCAAUUGUAUUUCUGUUGGAAUUUUGCUUUUGAAAUGUUUCUACACUUUUAUUUGCUUUAAUUGUUCAUCUUGAUGGCUAGUUUUAAGGGUUAAAGGUUUUGUAGCAAUUAUUUGACAUUAGUAAUCAGAAAAUUUGCUUUGAAUGGUGUAGACAUGUUGUUGAAAACAAAUUGAUUUCUUUUGAAUAACUUCUAUUCACUUAACACUGCAUUGUAAUUGACAAUAAAACAUUUGUGACCACAAA